ACAUCGGAAGCUUCAAGAAGGACGAGUCCAUUCCGGCGGCGUCGGGGGCGCGCAGUCCACGCAAACACCGUAAGUCGUGCUCGCUCCCGAGUUAAACCUCAGUCUGAUAGCCGGUGAGUUUUUCCGGAUAAUUCUGGGAUUGUGAGGCUAUAUAGAGCGUGUUUUAGAGCAGAUGAGGAUGAGAAAGGGAAGAUGGCCUCGAGCGGAUCCGUGAUCAGAUUAUCGCUGCUCUGAGAUCUGCCGCCGGUCCGGUGCUCGGUUCUCCGGUGUGUCGCUGUGUCGGAGGAUGUCGGACUCGGAGGAGGAGAUCCAGGAGCGGCAGCUGAAGAUCGUGCUGCUGGGAGACGGAGCGUCCGGAAAGACUUCUCUUGCCACCCGCUUUGCACAAGAGGCUUUUGGGAAACAGUAUAAACAGACGAUAGGACUGGACUUCUUCCUCAAGAGAAUCACGCUGCCAGGAAACCUGAACGUGACGCUGCAGGUGCUGGACAUCGGAGGACAGACUAUUGGAGGAAAGAUGCUCGACAAAUACAUCUACGGAGCGCAGGGCGUGCUCCUGGUGUAUGACAUCACGAAUUCUCAGAGUUUUGAGAAUCUUGAAGAUUGGCUGAACAUGGUGAGAAAAGCCAACAAAGAGUCCGACACACAGCCGGCGAUAUCACUGAUCGGGAACAAGAUUGAUCUGGAGCACGUGCGGACAGUAAAGAUGGAGAAGCAUCAGCGAUUCUGUCAGGAUAACGGACUCAUCAGUCAGUUUGUGUCUGCGAAGUCAGGAGACUCUGUGUUUCUGUGUUUCCAGAGGCUGGCGGCUGAGAUUGUGGGCAUCAAGCUGAAUAAGGCUGAGAUGGAGCAGGCUCAGCGUAUUGUCAAAGCAGAGUUGGUGGACUAUCCUCAGGAUGAGGGACCAAUCAGACAAGAGACCAACCAAAGCAAGAUCUGCUCUGUCCAAUAACACUCGUGGUUAAAGCAGACAUCGUGAACUACAGUCAGGAGACGCUGACUCGAACCCUCAACCCUCCGCGCAGCUCCAUGUGUAUCAUACAGUGAUCAUCACACACCGUCUCUGUCUCGCUCGCGUCUGUCCUGUUUGAU